AUGGGCACUGAACUUCUUUUAGAGGCAAAAGGGCCUGACAGACCUCUAGCUGUGGCUAUACGACAGGCGUGCUACGAUGUUACCCAUAUCAGCAAGUCUGAUGAUCCAGAGAAUCGCUCAGAAUAUAUUAUGACACAGCACAAGGGCUGGUCAAUGAUGAGUGAUCUUGAAACGUUUCGACAAGGUGCAGUGGCGAAUGAAAGGCUCUCGACUACCUCCUGGCACCAAACAACUUCUGAUCUAACACUCAUCCUGGAUGACUUCGAUGAGUCAACCGAGCCUGAUGAGUAUCGAGAUGCCCAAUGGAGCUUUGCGGCUCCAAUUAAACACGGAGAAGAAGAGCCUAGGGAAAAUCCCAAGGCGCUGAAAAUUCGCGCCCCUGAAUCCCCUUGGCACAGCCGGCGACGCGGCCAGCCAACCAUCUGGCAAUAA